AUUCCCCCCUUCUCUCUCCUUUCCCCAUUCCCUCCUCUCCAAGAAACUCUCCAAGAUGCUAUAUCUCCUCUCUCUCUCUCUCUCCUCUCCUAUGGAGAACCCAAAAGAGUAUGAUAGUAGUGGUUAGGAGAGAGGAGAGAGGAGAGAGAGAGAGAGGAUGCUAUUGCCCGUGGUGAAGCUUGGGUCCCUUGCUCUGAAGAGCCUCAGCAAGCCCAUCGUUUCUCGCCUCAAGCAACAUGCGGGGCUCCACCCCGAGUUCCGCCAACUUAUUAUUAACCUUGCCCAGGCCAACCAUCGUUUCACCACGAAUAUGCAAAGGCGACUUUAUGGUCAUGCAACUAAUGUUGAGAUUCGACCUCUCAAUGAGGAGAAAGCUGUUCAAGCUGCUGUAGAUCUUCUUGGAGAAGUCUUCGUUUUUUCGGUUGCUGGGGGGCUUAUUAUUUUUGAGGUGCAAAGAAGUGCUAGAUCAGAAGCUAGAAAAGAAGAACUACGCAGACAGGAAAUUGAGGGCAUGAAGCAAAAGGAGGAGGAUUUGAUGAAAGAAGUGGAACUACUGAAGCAGAGAAUCAAAGAAUUCGAACGCCUUUCGCGGGGAUGGGGUCUCUCUAACAUUCUCAACUAUAAGCAUGGCCAAUCAUCAGAAGCUACUAAACCUCUGGUGGCAGUGGUUUAAUGAAUUCAGAGGCUGGGAUUUGUGAUUCUGCUUUACCAUUGCGGCAUUAUUUGAGUCUUUUUCUUUAGGUAUGUCAUAAAAUUUUUGCUGAUUACUUGUUUGAGCAAGUGAAACACUGGUGGAUCCAAUGGCCAUCUCCUGUUGAUCUGUAAAUGAGUGUAAAGAGAAGUUGGUUUUCGGUCUUUACCAGAUGAAAAUUAUCCAUAAAGAAAUUGAUAGUUGCAGUUGUUAGAAUUUGUUUUGUAGUAAUGAUCUGAUUGACUUCUGAUGAUCUGUGUAUUCAA